GGUUCUAGCACCGGCAUGCCGCAGAAGCAAGUAUUCCGUAUUCCUUUAUCCCUCUGACAUGUUCCUUCAGCGCCAGUGGAAACAGUGUGUCCCUUGUGGCCCCUAGUUCUGGCCUCAGCCUGGCUGCCAUCCACAGCCCGUGACCGGCGCUGCCACAUCUACAAGGCUUGCAGAGACUCACAGUUAAUAAUGGUUUCUCUUUUUAUCCCUUCAGCGAAUACAGGAAGUCUCAUUUUCUCCUAUCCAGUGGAGGUCUUUGCGUGAGGGGUUGUAGGCAGUGCCCACUCCACACACCCAUCAAACUGCCUACUUUCCUUCUCUGCAUCCAGCCAAGACUGGUUAGAAGAUGGUUGCAGGCGCUUCAGGAGCUGCCGAUUACAGUUCAGCCAUGGCCAAGUCCAAGAACCACACCACACACAACCAGUCCCGGAAAUGGCACAGAAACGGCAUCAAGAAACCCCGGUCACAAAGAUAUGAAUCUCUCAAGGGGGUUGACCCCAAGUUCCUGAGGAACAUGCGCUUUACCAAGAAGCACAACAAGAAAGGCCUGAAGAAGAUGCAGGCAAAUAAUGCAAAGGCCAUGCGUGCACGUGUGGAGGCCAUCAAGGCCCUGGUGAAGCCCCAGGUGGUGAAGCCCAAGGUGCCAAAGGGCCCCAGCCGCAAACUCAGCCGUCUAGCUUUAAUUGCUCACCCCAAGCUUGGGAAGCAGAUUAGAAGCUACAUGGCCAGGGCUCGUAGGCUCCAAAAAACAAAGCCCAAGGUUCAAGUCAAGGCAGAGGCCUCAGCUGCAGCUCAGGCUCCCAAAGGUGCCCAGGCCCCUGUGAAGGCCCCAUAAAAAAGGUCUCAGUCUGCCAGUGUGAAGACAGAUGGACUGGUGUGAACACCUACACAGUGUGUACAGAUGUUCAGGACCUUAUGCUGUUUUUACAAAUAAACUUGAGGCAAGUUCUGUUAAAAAAAAAAAGUUGUGUUUUUUUUUUUUUUUUGAGAAUUUCACAUAUGGGAACUGCUUGCAUCAUUUUCAGCCCCCCUCCCCACUCCACCUCCUUCACUGUCCACCCUCGCUUGCUUUAAAUCCACGACUUCUUUACUAUUGUUACACAUAUGCAUAGGUGUACACACACAAACUACUGAGUUUCUAAAAAUAUUUAGCUUUAGUUUUUUUUUUAAAGGAUGUGUUGCUUUUGUCUAUGCUGCAUUUGUUUAACUCUGUGAAGCUGUGAUUUUUUAAUAUUUAUUUAUACAAUAUUAAAUAUUGUAUAUUCUGUCUGUGUAUACAAUAUUCUGUCUGUGUGUAUGCCUGCAGGCCAGAAGAGGGCACCAGACCUCAUUACAGAUGGUUGUGAGCCACCAUGUGGUUGCUGGGAAUUGAACUCAGGACCUUUGGAAGAGCAGGCAAUGCUCUUAACCACUGAGCCAUCUCUCCAGCCCCCUUAGCUUUAGUUUUUAAUUGUGUACAUGUAUGAGUGUGAUCACAGGUAAGUCAGGUGCCCACAGAAUUCAGAAGAGGACAUUAGGU